UGUUUGUGAACAAAUUGAUAACAGUUCAUCUGGCUUGAACUUGCAUAACUGUUAUGAUUAUGCUAGUGAGUAUACCUCACUGUUAAUACUCGUUAUUAAGAAAUUUAAAAAUGAAUAAGUUCAAAGGAAAGCGGGUUCUUGUAACGGGUGGCUGCCAAGGUAUUGGACGCAGCAUAGCUAUCGAGCUAUGGAAGGCAGGAGCGAACGUGGUGGCACUGUCCAACCAGCCAGCUCAGUUGGCCUCCCUGAAGCAACAGUACCCCAGCAUAGACACGGUAGCUGUGGACCUCUGUGAUUGGUCCAAGACCAGGGAAGUCGUGUCUGCACUAGGGGCCUUCGAUUGUCUGGUGAACAACGCUGCCAUUGCCAUCAUUGAGUCCUUUCUUGACUGCAAGCCGGCAAGUUUCGAUAAAACUAUUUCAGUGAACACCAAAGCGGUUCUUAAUAUAUCUCAAAUAGUGAGCAAAACCAUGAUUAAUAGGAAAAUAAAGGGAUCUAUCGUUAACAUCUCUUCUCAGGCUUCCAUUGCAGCGCUAAAAGACCACGCGGCGUACUGCGCGUCCAAAGGCGCCGUGGACUCCCUGACGCGAGUUAUGGCUCUAGAGCUGGGUCCUCACGGCAUCCGCGCCAACACCGUCAACCCCACCGUGGUGCUCACAGACAUGGGCAGGCAGGUGUGGGCCGCGCCCGAGAAGAGUAAAGGCAUGCUGGAUAAGAUACCGCUGGGCAGGUUCGGCGAAGUGUCUGAAGUAGUAAAUACCGUACUAUUCCUACUGAGCGAUGACGCGAGCAUGAUCAAUGGCGUCCACCUACCCGUAGACGGGGGCUUCCUAGCUACAUAAGUCGAUAAAUAAAAGUCUAACAACUCCC